GGAGCACUUUGUGGCGCACACAGGAAGCAGCAUGUUUUACAGGGUUGAACUGGCAAGUUAAAUGCCGGCUCUCACCUUACACUGACAGCUCGCCGGCAGGGCUGCACUAUUAGCUGCAAGGAUUUCCCCAGGGCGUUUGGUCGUGACCCACAGCUGCUCUUCCUGAAUCCUGCUGAGUCGUGGUGCUUGUGUGGGCACAAAUCAUGUACUUGCAAACUCUCCUCUUACGCAGACUUCUCCAAAGUGUCAGUCCCACUUGGCUGCCAUGUCGAUGGCUGGGUGGUGGUGAAAUGAGUCCAAGCAAGCUUGUUCGUCACUGGCAGAGCAUAUUUCAUGAUCAUGGAGUGCCGGAGCCUCAGGAAUCCAGUGAGAUACUUAUAGCACAUGCCCUGGGAUCCAAAACCUUUCCAAGUCUCCCUCCUUCAGUUGCUCACACUUCUGUCUCUGUAGCUCAACUACGGCACAUAGAGAGCAUGGCCCAGCAGCGUUUAAAGAGGGUCCCUAUUCAGUACGUUAUUGGGGAGUGGGAUUUCUUGGAUAUAACUUUACAAAUGAGACCUCCUGUAUUCAUUCCAAGGCCUGAGACAGAGGAACUGGUCGGCCUUGUCCUGGGAGCAAGCAGAAGGUUGCAGUGUUCCGCAGAGCCUCUAGUUCUGGAGGUGGGAUGUGGUUCAGGGGCUGUGUCUUUGUCGUUACUACAGAGACUUCCUCAGGCUCGCAUAACAGCAAUUGAUAAAACUAAAGCAGCUGUCAAACUGACUGAGGACAAUGCAGUAAGUUUGGGCCUCCAAAACCAAAUCCAAGUUCUGCUGCUUGAUAUUUUAGCAGAUCCACCAGAUCCUCUCCUCAUGUGGGGCCCUGUGGAUGUUUUGGUCAGCAAUCCCCCUUACAUAUCCACAUCUGAUAUCUCUCAACUUGAUCCAGAGAUUGUUAAAUAUGAGGACCAUGCAGCAUUAGAUGGGGGUCCUGAUGGCAUGGAUGUAAUAAGGGGAAUACUGUCUUUCGCACCUCGGCUUCUGAAGCCUGGUGGGGAUAUUUUUCUAGAGGUUGAUCCCAGUCACCCAGAGAGAAUAAAGCUAUGGAUUCAAGACCACACUGAUACGCACCUUCAGUACAUUAGUACUGUACAAGACUUCUGUGGCAGGUCGAGGUUUGUACAUUUACGCAGAGACUGAACCUCGCUUCAUACGGUUCCUGCCAUGAUACAUAAACUGAAUUCCCUGAUUCCCUGCAUAUCCAAACAAGGAUGGUGCAAUUCUUUCAGUAGUGGGUUGGAUUUGUUAGACAAGUAGGCUCAGGAUGGCCCCAUAUUACACAAUGACUGCUUGCUGGAUAAACUGAGACCCUGUGCAAAUCCCAGUGUAGGAUUUGGACCCAUUAAUGGGAAUAAUUAGCAGGGUCAAAGAUACAACUGCCAUGGCAGCUUUAGGCUAAUGGCACGUGGGGUAUUUUGAUCUCUGCUGUAAUCAGGAGGAAAAUGGCUCAUCAUUGCCUAUUACUUCUUGUAGGCUUUAUUAUGGCAGACCGGUGGUACAUGGUUAAAUAGGCGGCACACAUACCAAUAUAUGAGUGACGCAACAGCAUAAAUCAUUGGAAAAGGCUGUCCUUCUGCUCCUCUACUGGAGCUAUUUCAAGAAUUAUUUGAUAAUGGCUCAUUGCUGGAGCUCUGUACAAAAUGUACCCAGGGCGGAACACUCCAUACUGCAUCACUCAUGCUCCUGGGAGGAAGCGCUGACACAGCAAUGAGUCUGGGCAGAUAUUACAGAAUGCAGCACAGCAAGGAACAUAAGCUGAAAGCAGGGACAGUGAGAAACCUCUGUUAAAAGAUAAAUCACCAAGAUUAUUUCUUACCCAGAAAUAGAAUGUUACUUGGGUGACUUUCUCACCAGUACCAACGAGGGCAUGCUCUUGUGGUGCUUCCCAGUUUAAUGUGAAAACCUCCAAUGGGCAACCUGACAGUUGUUGUAGUUUAAUAUUAACUGCAGAGACCCAGGUUGCUAAAGUCUAUUGUAUAAAGAGAUUUAUAGUAGGAAGCAGCCAGUCUGUCCAAACAAAAUUAGAAUCGGCAGUUGCCCUUUCCUGUUUUAUUGUAGCCGCUACAGCUCCCAACUGCUGAACAGUGAUAUUCACUUAGUAUGAUGUACAAACAGUUAAUUAAAAGGUGAACUACACCCUUUAACCAAACGAUUACAAAUCAGUGUGCAUGUCUCACUUGAGGAACCAGGGUAAGUGACUAGCAUAUGCCAGUUUGUCUCCUGAUAUGGGCAAUCUGUCUGCUUCUGUGGAAGUGGUGUGCUCUUAUCUUUAUUAUAUGUGUGUCUGCGGUUCUCAUGGCCAUGCCAGACUGGGCUAAUAAGGAGGUGCAUAAUGGGGAGGUGUGAGGGCAUAAGAACAUAAGCCUUUUAUUUCACCGAAAUGCUGCCAAGUCAGGAAAACUUUUGUUUCAUGAAUUAACUUGUGGGAUGAAUCAUAUGGUGGGGGUAGUAUAAUGUGAAUAUUGCAGUGCAUUAUCUGACUUUAUCUUCACUACACUCAGCUGCCCCCCCCCCCUC